UGGGCACAGCGCGUUUGCCAAUGUAGCAUUAUAAACAAAACGGACUUUAACGGAAACGGAUAGUUACCUAGGUAGGUAGUAUGGUUUAAUACGUGUAGCUUAUUAGAAGGGUCAUGACAGCUUCACAUCUAGGCGACCUCGGUGAGGCUCGGUGAAGGAGGAUGUUAGGCGCGGUGUAUAUAGAAUAUUAAUAAGUGCUCCCUUACAUACCGUGACUGAAUGAGCCUAUACUAGAAUUGCACUUUAGUCUUUAUGGUGACCCGGAGGACUCGGGUCUUCUCCCUCUCGUCAUCUUAAUAGUUUUACUCCAUCUAUCGUUACAUAUUUGCGCUUCCCAUCUCACUCUCACGUAGCAUUUUUCAUACUCUUCUUCCCCGGCCUGUCCCAUUUAGUUAGUUGGUGGGAUAGCCGAACAGCUGUUGAAGGAGAAAUAAAUGGCCGCCGUUAAAGGGACCAUCCUCGUCACGGGGGCAAACGGCGGCCUCGGAAGCGCCAUAGCACAGCAAAUCGCCUCUAAGCCCGAAUUCUCCACCUACCACGGGCUUUACACCGUCCGCGAUUUGACGCAUGCGGACGCUCUUACUUCGGCUGUUGCAGUUGGUCCGGCACAUCAGCAUGAUGUCGUAGGUCUUGAUUUGACGAAGCUUGACAACGUUCGUCAAGUAGCAGAGGAUAUUAAUGCCCGCGUUUCCGCAGGCCAGCUCCCACCUAUCCGCGCUCUCAUCCUCAACGCUGGCUUUCAGGACUUUGGUAAGCAGUCCUGGACUGACGAUGGCCUCGACACCACCUUCGCGGCAAACUAUCUCGGCCACUGGCUGCUUACCCUUCUUUUGCUUAAGAGCGUAGACAAAGAGGAUGGGCGGGUCGUCGUGAUUGGAAGCCAGAGUCAUGAUCCUAAUGACCCUCGAAACGUUCGCAGUAAAGCCUUCGAGGACCCUAAAUACAAAACAUUCCUCUCCGAUGCUGCAAGCUUCGAAGCAAUCGCCAAAGGAUCUUGGAGUCCCGCCACCGAAGAUGCAUCCUUCCGGGGCGGGUUCCGGCGGUACGGCGCCGCGAAGCUCUUCCUCAUCAUGAUGCAGCACGAGUUACAAGCGCGGCUAGACGCCGACCCUGCGCUAAACAAGAUCUGCGUGCUCGGCGUCGACCCGGGAACCAUGAUUAGCGGCCUGCAGAGGCUCGCGAACUGGGUGAUCCGCGUGCUCAUCUUCCAGAUCAUAUACCCGCUUAUCCUGUACUGGAACCCGAACGGCCCGGUGAGGCCGCCGAGCCGCUCCGCGGGCGAUGUCUUGGAGGCGGCGUUUGGGGUGGUGGGUGAGGGGGGAAACCCGCCCAAGGAUGGGUAUUUUGAUGGGAGGGUGCCGUUGGAGACGAGUGGGGAGUCGAGGGACGUGGUGAAGAGGGAGUUGGUGUGGAAGGAGACGGUGAGAAUGGUGGGUUUGGAAGAGGGUGAGACGGUUCUUGUUAAUUGGCGAAAUGAAUGACAUUUGCUUGGGAGAAUGAAUCUAUACCCACCCGUGAUUUAUAAUCACGAGCUGGACUAUAGUGAUGGUGAGGCAUGGGUCAUAGGUGCAAUACUAGGCGUAUUAUUAUGGUAGAUUAGAUAUAGGAAGGAAAAGGGGGCGAGAAAACAGUAAGACACGUAGCUGUGGGAAAAAGACAAGAGCUCACACAUACUUGACGGAGGCUUGCGCUAUCCACCAUUUUCUGGUUACUCCUCGAACUGAACUUGUGUACUUAAGAACUAGGUGGAUUAAAAAGAUGUUGCACGAGCAUGGUAGUGUGUUGUAAAUCG